GUGUGGACCAUUGCCCCCAUCAGCUCUCUCUCUAGCAAUGCAUUUUUAAUAGUGUUGAUUUCAUACUUAAUAAUCUAAUAGACUUUUUAAAGGUUCAUAAAACUUUGAAAUAUUGUGAAGACUUAACAAGUGAAAUGGAAAGACUUUGAUAGUGAAAUCAUUCAAAAGUGCAUUCACAGCAGAUGUUGUAAAGCCAUCUUUUAAACCUGGUCAUCACCGUUUUUAGCUUUUUGUUUUAUUAUUUUAGGGGAUAAAUUUGUAUUGCCUAUAUCCCCAUUGUUACACAACCUUGCCUCCUUCAGCACUGUUGCAAUAAUUCCCCAAUCAAUCUAAUCCCUAAAUUAAUCUGAGCCAUUAAUUAAUUUAUAAAACUCAAAAAUAGCCAUCUGUUAAUCAGCCACCUGUACAUCACAUUCACUUAACCUCCUACAGUACCUUCUUUUUAACAUCCUAGUACAUUACUGUUGCCCUCAUUCAUCUGUCUCCGACAUCAUUAAAAUGUUGUCCUAUGACAUUAUAGCCUAUAUUUACCCUGUGGCUUUUGCAGCCACACGUGGCAUUACCAGUCAUGAGGACACCAGCCACCCUCAUCGACCACGGUUAAGCUCAUUCAAGAAAUGUCAAAAUAAUAGUGGCAGUGACCAUCACAUCAACCAGCCGAAGAACAGACGCCGAUCGUUGCAGCACGAGUACGGCUUGGUCCCAGACGUUUGCGACACUCCAACUGACAACAGUGGUGUUGAACGUGGCUUUGCUUUUAGCCAGAAUCACCUCAACGAUGCUGGCAACAACAAUCAAACUGAUAUUCUUGAUCUCAAUCAGCUAAAGAGUAUCAGCAAGGCAAUCUCCAUUUCGGCUUACCCCAAGUCUUUUAUACAGUGGCCAGUUGACGGGUCGACAAAAAAUAAGCGCAUUUCUGAAGUAAAGAAGCAGGUAAAACUUCUUGGCAACUUUAUCAAGAUGACAGUUGGUGGUGGGCAUCAUGCUGAAGCUCUCUCAGAUGAUAAAACCCCUACCAAUCCUCCACCUUUCUCGGGCCAUGUGGAUAUGUCCCGAAUCCCCGUUCAUAAUCUUGCGCACUCUGCCGACGAGACUACCAUGGCGAAGUGGGAGGAUAUUGAAGCACUGAUGCAAGCAGGGAGAAUGAAAGAGGCCAAAAGCAUUGUUCGGGAGACAGACUGGAGUCUCGGUAGUCCAGCACGAGAGAACCUCUGGCGUGAGAUAUGCCGUUAUCAUUCCUCUGAAAGUGACUUUGGAGACUUUUAUUACUGGGACACUGUGAAGCAAAUUUAUGGGACCACCGAACUCUUGGAAUGCAGUGUCCAGUUGCCAGCAUUCAUCGAUACAAAUCACAAGAUAUCACAGUCGCUCUCGCCUAGAGGGGUAACAGCUUGUGAGCGAAUCAUCUCGGUCAUUGCAUUCAGUCAUCCAGCCAUUACAUACGCUCCAUCACUGUAUGCUGUGACUUCUCUUCUACUCCAUUACAUGGAUGAAGUGGAUGCCUACAACUGUGUGGCUGCCCUUGUGUGUGGGGCCCAGAAUAAGUUUCUUACACAGACUAAAAUUGCAAAUGAAGCCCACUGGAGAGCAGCAAUGAUACUUGGUAAAAAACACAUUAGAGGUGCCUUUUCAACACUGUCUAAAUUUGGAGUCCUUCAAGAGCAGAUAGAGGAUGCAUUCCAGAACUGGAUGUGGUGGAUUUUAGCCGCUUUGCCCAUCACACAUGUGGUACGAAUCCUUGAUUGCUUUCUAUUUGAGGGGUCAAAGGUCCUAUUGAGAAUUGCACUGGCUAUUUUCCAAUUAUUUGUAAAGGCAGUCACUCACGAUUCAAAUAUGAUUGCAUCACUUCCAACUCGAGGACUGAAUGAAUCUAUUAUGCUCUUCUGCCAAAAUAUACAGAUUCCACCCCAUAAGUUGCUGAAAACUGCUUUUGGUAUCCGUGCUUUUAGCAAGUCUGAAAUCACUAAAGUAAUUGUUCAGACAGAGAUGUACCUUAAAAGCCAGAGAGUGAUGGGAGGAACUGGAAGUGGAGCAGGACAGAUGAAUGUGCCAGAAACGCUCUCCUUAAAUCGCUCUGUAUCCCUGGAAGGACUUCCUACUUCAGAAUCACAGUCCAAUAUUCAGAUGAUGUCCCACACACUGACCAUUAAGGAGGGAUCUCGUUCUCCUGCCCCUCGGGUGCGAACAAUGGGCCAAUACCCCAUUCAGAACGUCAAAUCGAUGAUCGUCUCAAAGGACGAGCUCCUGACACUGUGGUCAUGGCUUCCGAUGAGGAUGACAAUGCAUCAGCCUACUUUGGUGUACACCACUGAAGAACAUGGCUGCUCACUGACAACUUUCUUCCAGCGUGUAGAGAAACAUGAACCAACUCUCCUCUGCAUCCGUACUGUGGAUGAUUAUGUUUUUGGAGCCUACUGUUCAACGGCAUGGGCCCAGCGGCACCAUAAGGAUGAGUUUGGCAACUGGCAGACCUAUUUUGGCACCGGGGAAACAUUCUUGUUCACUCUUCGGCCAACUGUUGCCAAGUACCAGUGGGUAGGGAUCUCCAGACAGCAAGAUAAUGCACAUCUAUCAUCUGUAGAACAUUCAGCAGAACUCUUCAUGCAUGCUGACAGUAACAUGAUUACUAUUGGAGGAGGACAUGGCCAGGGAAUCAUGCUGGAUCAUGAUUUCCGAUAUGGCAAAACUGAAACUUGCCAGACAUUUGAUAAUCCCCCUCUUGUGCCAAAUGGAGACUUUGAAGUUAAGGUUAUUGAAGUUUACAGUCUGGUUAAUGUGUGAGUGAGUUUUCCAAAGUAUGAACAAAUUUUCAUUAAUAUAGAAAAUGUAUUUACAUUUAUCUAAAGUUAGAUUGUAAAUUUUACAUUUUUUAUUCCAAGAACAAUUGGAUUUUUUUUUUUUUACAUUUAAUGAAAUAUGGAAUGCUUGCAAAAACAUGUAAGGGAUGCAGAAUAAUCCAAAGAACUCGAUAAAUUUAGAUGGACUAAGAUACUCUUCUACUAAAAAAAAAUAAAAAAAAAAUUUGGCAUAGUUUAUGCAUAUAUACAGUAUGUAUUUUUUUUUUUUUUUUAGAAUUCCUGUAGGUACCGGUAUCUGUGCAAUUUUAAAGAAAGGUAGAUAAAUAGAUCAUGUGCAUUGUAUUGCUAAUGAUUUAUAUGAAUACUAGUCAUCUGCAUUCGUGCAGCCAUUUAUAACACGGGACAUAGUUGAUUCUUUAUUUGUAGUAAAUAUCUUGUGUAUAUGGUAAGGUUGUGGUUUCACACAAAGGAAUCUCAUGAGUAGUUUUAGGAAUAAAGUAGAUGACCACCAAGAUGUUUUAGCAAUAAUUAUAGAAAAUAGAAUGUGAUAUUUUAAUUUAAUGCCACAAGAUGUGUUGGAUUUCUGCCAAUACAGUAGAAGCAAAAAAACAACUAAUGUUACAGCAAUGCCAACAUUUCACUAUUGUAUGUGCAGUGUAUCUAUAGUUUGCUAAACUGUUGCAUUGUGCAGAAAAUUUAGACAAAUCACUUGUAAAUCAAAAUGUAGUGUAUUAUUACAGUAUUGUUGAUUUUGCUAAAUGAAUAGUUAAAUCCUCGCACUACAGAUUUUUACUAUAACACUAGGUGUUAAAAUUCAAUAUUUCAAAAUCUACAGCAAGAUAUUUAUUUCAGUUUUAACAUGUUGGGGUUGCUUUAUUUUCACUUCAUUGUGAACUUGAACAUCAGAACAUAUCACUUUCUUGAUUAUCUUAUUACAUGUAAAGUCACCUUGUGUAGAGUAUUGCAGUGAUUAGUAAUGUUCAUGCCAUUAAAUUUAAUUUUUUUUAAAGUCUUGACCAGUAAAAGAUUUUAAUAACCCAUUUCAACCUAAAAUGGUAUUCUAGUGCACUUGGUAUGGUAUAAAUGAGGUCCUAAAACAGUCACCUUAGCCUCUUGGGUAUAAAUUACAAAUUUUUAUUUGUAUUUAUAUAAUUUGUACAAGAGGCAAAUGAGUAGGGGGGGGGGAUGCUGUUGCUAGGAUGUAAAUUAUGUACAUUUUUCUUUGUUUUUUAAUUUCUUAACAUUGCCGAGAUGCAAAACAGUACAGUACACAUUCAGCUAUACACAUUAUUUAUUGCAAAUGUUAGAAAAGUUAUAUAUUCUUCAUGUAUAGAAUCCUACCUGUAUAGUCCACUCAACAGUUGACUUCAUCUUCAGUAGUUUAAAUAUCAAAUGUAACUAGUUUAGUGUACAUAGGUGAAUUACAUUCACACUUGGAUGUUGUUAAUAAAUUAACAAUAAAUGUGAUAAUUCAUGUGAUUGAGGUAGUGCGUUAUACAUGCAAGUUCAAAUCAAGGCAUGUAAUGCAAAAAUAGUGGUAUGUUAGUGAGUGUGUUUAGCAUUCAGUGGAGAAGCUAAAUAUUGUUAACUGUUGAAUGGCUGACGUUUCAUGAAGGCACGUUCCAAAUUUUGGCUGUCCUGUGUUGUCCAGUGUGUUGAAUCUCAUUUUGUUUCGUUGACCACUUUUAGUGGUGUAUUUUAUGGGGUUUAUUUGUAAAUAUCUUAUAUGGCCAGUAACUUAUUAGAUAAAUACUGCAGCUUGUUUACUUUUGCAGUGUUUGUAUUACCAUUUGUUAUUUUAUUGUGUUGUAGCAAUGAAAGUAAAGGAUGUUUAAAU